UCCAAAUUUUGUUUUCUAUAUUUUCAAUUCACUAAAAAAUGUUCAUAAAAAUAUACUAUUUUACUUUUUUUAUAUUUUGGAUAAAUCAAAUCGAUACAACUGGCUAUAGACUCGCGGAUGAAAACGAAUAUACUGAAUAUUUAUUUGAAGUAAUCAAUUAUAUUCGAUUUCCAGGCGAAGAUUCUUCAAUGCAACACUUAACAGACGGUUUAAUGGUAAAUUCAGAUUCCAUUCCAAACUUUAUUGAAAACUUAAGUCUACAUCUAAAUUUCGAUAAUUUGACUAGAAUAUAUGAUGCUAUUAAUGAAUUACUUAUCUGUAGAUAUACAAAUGUUAUGGAAAUUUUCAUUAAAAAUAUUGGUUUAAUACUGCAAUAUUGUGAUAGCUAUCAUUUAAAAAAACAAUUUUAUGAUUUUACUGAUUGCAUAAUUAAACUUCAUGACGCAUUAGAAAGUUCAAAGACUCUAUUUGAAAAUCUUAAAAAUGUCAUACAAUUCUUUAGUAAUUUACAUAUGAAUUACGUAUUAAAAAUGUAUAGAAAAAAAAAAAACAUUAUUAAUGAAAUUUCUUUUAUUAAUGAUCGCAUUCGAUUGAAAAGAAAAUUGGACAUGAAUGAGUACAUCGAUAACAACGCUAAUCCUAAAGUUGAAAUGGUUAUUAAGGAUUUUGAAAAUGUAAAAAAAUUUCAUAACAUUAUAUCUUCGAUGAUUUCAUUUACUUCUAUUAAAAACAAUAAGUACAAUAGUUUCCAAGAUGAAUUAAAAAGUGAUGAUGCAAUGGAACACGAUAACGAUUCAAUUUCGUGUUUAGAUUAUGUCCAAUUAUGUAAUAAUCUCAAAGUAUUUUAUGAUGAAGCAUUCAAGCAUGAGUACAUCAAUUUGGGUUUUCAUAACUUACUACAUCCGAUAACACCAGAGUAAAACUUGUAUCGCCAUUCUAUGAUGACACAUCUGAAGAUCUCGCAGUUAGUGUUAUAAAUACACUAUUUAACGUGACUAAUAACCAAUUGUUAAUUAAUACGAAAAUUUUGGUAAACGGUCAAAUUAAAGAUUUAAAGAAAAUACAGUAUGAUGAAGAAAAUCCAAUCAAUUUCUUUAAAAGAAAGCAAGAAGUUGCACACAUAUUAAAGUGUAGGUAUAGUGAAUUAUUAAGACGCGUUAAUAACUAUUUAAAUGCUAUACAACAUUUAUGCAUGGCAGAACAAAAAAAUAAACUUCAUAAUAAUUUGAUUACUUGUGUAAAUUCCUUGAAAACUACAUUACCAUCAGUUACAACUAUGAUCAAUCGUUUAUUAGAAAUUUUGGCCUUGUUAAAAAAAGCAUCCAUUGGAGAUUUUAUGAUAAAAUCGCAAUCAUGUUUUAAAAAUGUAGUGAAAAUUGCAUUAGAAUAUAAUUAUAUUUUAAAAAACCUAAAUAUUAUUUUAAAUUUUGAAACUAAUGCAACAAAUGCAAAAGAAUUUUUGGAAAACACCCAUCAAAGUCAAAUAGGUGUGAGCCAUUUAUUUUCACUUACUAAAUUCAAUCAAUUCCUUAAUAACUAUUGUGUUCUUGACAAACCAUUGAUAAAUAAAUUUGAAUUAAUAAAGUCAUAUCAAAAUAUCGAUAAUAAUUUAAUAUUUCUUAGUAUAAGUUCAGAUUUAAUACAAAUUUGUGAAGAUUUUUUUAAA